AUGGGAUCAAAAACAGCUUUGAAAUGGGAGACCAGUAAAGAAAGGGAGGGAUCCAUUCCAAGCAUCCCAGAGGAGCUGAAGCCCUUGUUAGGGCAGGAGGAGACCCUAGAAAGGUCUACCAUGUCUCUUUUUGAGGGCAGAAGAGCUGCCUGUUCAGCAGUGCUCCUGGUAGAGAUUCUUGAGCGGGCAGCUUUUUUUGGCAUUGCCUCAAAUCUUGUCCUAUACCUCAACAGCAGCAACUUCAACUGGGAAGGCUCACAGGCUUCACGGGCAACUCUGCUAUUUAUGGGAGCCUCCUAUUUGCUCUCACCCAUUGGAGGCUGGCUGGCUGAUGCUUACCUGGGCCGCUACUGGACCAUCACAUUUAGCGUUCUACUCUAUCUGCUGACAGCGUGUCUAUUGCCUACCACAGCUUCACAAGAUGGACAGAAUUUUCUCUGUGGAGAUAGGUCAGCUUAUGUGAUUCAGUCCUCUUGCCAAAGAGGAGGUGCGGAGUGUAAGGGACAAUUGCCAGGUCAGUACUGUGCUCCUGUAAUGUAUGCCGGCCUAUUGCUCCUAGCCCUGGGUAUCAGCUCUGUCAAGGCAAACCUUGCACCAUUUGGUGCUGACCAGGUAACAGACCUUGGCCAGGAUGCUACCCAACGUUUUUUCAACUGGUUCUACUGGAGUAUUAACUUUGGAGCUGUGAUCUCACUGCUGGUGGUUGCCUUCAUCCAGCAGAAUGUGGACUUCCUUAUUGGUUAUGCCAUCCCUGCUGUCUGUCUGGCCUUUGCCUUACUAGUCUUUCUUCUGGCUGCCCCCAGCUUUGUCACAAAGCCUGCCACUGGCAGUCAGGUCUCCAUUAUGUUCCAGCUGGCCUUCAAGAGCAGCUGCUGGGGCAAAGUGCUUCGGAAGAUCUCCACCAAAGCCAAAGUCAACAAUUUCCAAUCAGGAGAAGUGACUAGCCUGCUUUCAGGUCCAAGGCACCAGCCGCAGGAACCUUCCCAUGAAAACAUCUCCAACUUUCAGGGACUAGUAAAAAUCUUGCCAGUCCUGCUGACUUUGAUCCCAUACUGGAUGGUUUACUUCCAGAUGCAGUCAACCUACUACCUGCAGGGAUUGCACCUCUAUAUCCCAAACAUCUUUCAACACAGCAAUUCCAACAAUAGUGCUCUCUCAGCAUCUGUAGGUGGUAGCUACAAGUUCCCAGAUGCCUGGCUCCUUCUAGCCAAUGUGAUAGUUCUCCUAAUCCUGGUCCCACUGAAAGAUCGGGUCAUAGACCCAUUCCUGGCAAAGAGGAAGCUGUUGCUUUCAGCACUAAAGAGGAUGACUGUGGGUAUGAUCUUUGGUUUUGCCUCAGUCAUUGCAGCAGGUGUUCUUGAGACUAAGAGGCUAAAAUAUGUGCACAACAAUAAGACCAUCUCACAGCAAAUUGGGAAGGAUGAUUAUAUUGCAGCACAACUCCCCAUCUGGUGGCAAAUCCCCCAAUACAUGCUCAUUGGAAUUAGUGAAAUCUUUACUAGCAUUCCAGGGCUGGAGUUUGCUUACUCUGAAGCUCCAAAAUCCAUGCAAGGAGCCAUCAUGGGUCUCUUCUACUUCAUUUCUGGUGUGGGAUCCCUUUUAGGAUCUGGCCUCCUAACUCUUUUGUCUGUACCAGCCAAUGGUUGGAUGAACUGCCCAGAGGACUAUGGGAAUAUUAAUAAGUGUCAGAUGGAUAAUUAUUUUUUCCUGCUUGCCGCGAUCCAAGCAGUAACUUGCGUCCUCUUUAUCUGCAUCUCCAUCCGUUAUGAGCAGCAGCAGCAGCAGAACUCUUGCGUCCUCUGUAAUGGACAGGAGGACAACUAAUAUGCUUGGGUGUUGCAAGACUGUGAAGAGGUGACAGCAUACAACAGAUCCCAGCAUACAGCCAAGCACCAUCAUCACCUUGCUAUAUAGAUAGCAUGUAGGGAUGUUUUGAACUCAAAUAGUAUAUUAAAAGAUCAGAGACAUAAAAAUCAAUGGCAGGCUGCCAGGUCACUCAGGCACCACUACAACCCUCUGUUCAAAGUGUCAUCAAAAUCUUAUUCCCUGAAGCUCAGAAUGAAUAACAGAAGUGCUCAAGAACUGAAGUUACCCUGAGAUAUAAGCCACUGCUUAGUUCUCAACUAGACUAAGACUCAGCAAGGAUGCUGUUAUGUCAACAGACUCAGCAACACCCAUCAGUCUUGCUUUUGCGGAGGGGGGGGGAUUAAAAAAUAUUUACCGCCAUCACCCCCCAGCCUGAAUAUAAAGCCGAUUCUCAGUACUAGAAGAGCAUCCUGUCCUCAAAUUGCUACAGAGGCUUCUCAACACCACUCUUACAACAGUACAGGAGUUCAGUGGCACCUUAAGGAUGAACAGCAAUUCAUUUCUGUAUAAAUCUAAUUAGUCUUUAAAGUCCCACUGAACUCCUGUUUCAUUCUGUUGCUUAUAGACUGAUAUGGGUACUCUCUGGAAUACGAAAGUUACAAGAUGCUCAUUGGCUAAGGCCCAAAUGGUAUGAUCAACACAAUGAGAUGGCAGAGGGGGCAACAGCAGAAUAUCAGAUCAACAGCAAACAUUUUUGUAAAACUUGCAGCAAUACAGAAUGGGAGGACUGAUGUUUUUCUUUUUCUGUAACCUGAUGUAGUCUCACACAUACUUAUUUAUUGUUGUUGAGAAACCCUGCACUUUUUUGGAGGGGGGGCACAGAAAACCACAUCCAUUGCUCUCCUGGGGGCAACAGCCUUUCCACACUAAAAUACGGGCAUAGUAGUCCAGAGCAUGUGGCCUGUAGCCUGCAUCAUGCCUACCUGGAGGAUACAGGAACGGACAGAUGUGCUCUUGUGAAAGUACCUUUUUGAAGACUGCUGCAUUUCUGACUCUUUGGACUCAAAAUAUUGUUUAGCUUGCAGUGCAAUGCCCUAUGUACAUUUAAAAUAUUUUUCUAAUAAACUCUGCA